CGCUUAAGUGCCGUGCUAUCGAAUAGCUGCGUCUGACAGUUUCGGUUGGUUGAAGAAGAAGCAGCAGCAAACCAAAAUACGCGAUAGACAAGGACGGCCCCUCGUGCAGCGCAAAACGAAGGCUAGACAAAAAUGGCGGAUCCGCUAAGUCUCUUGCGGCAAUACAACAUAAACAAAAAGGAAAUAAUCGAGCGUGAUAAUCAAAUUAUAUUUGGUGAAUUCUCCUGGCCCAAAAAUGUUAAAACCAACUAUCUCAAAUAUGGCUCUGGCAAAAAGGGGGCUCCACGCGAAUAUUAUACACUCGAAUGCUUACUGUAUCUGCUCAAGAAUGUUAUGCUACAGCAUUCGGUGUAUGUGCGUCAGUGUGCAGCCGAGGAUAUACCCGCCGUGAAUCGGCCCGAUCGUAAGGAGCUGCUCGCCUAUCUGAAUGGCGAGACACAGACAUGUGCCAGCAUAGACAAGAGUGCACCAUUGGAGAUACCCACACAAGUGAAGCGAACAGCGGAUGGAGAUGCGGCAACUAGCGGUGAGACGGCGGCCAAAAAGGCUCGCUUCGAGGAGACCCAGGUGCAGAAGGUGCGCGAGCAGUUGGCUGCACGCUGGGAUGUCAACCAAAAGGAGACGGCCGUCAACAUGGACAACAUCAAGUCGCUGUCAGAGACAAUGUCAGUUGAAAAGAUUGCGGCCAUAAAAGCGAAACGUCUGGCCAACAAGCGUACCACAAUCAAGCGUACAGACAAUGAGGAGGCCAUGGGCACAGAUCUGCGCGCUAUUCUCGACUACGAUGUGGACUCCACCAAGGAUAUUAUAAGCCGCGAAAGGCAAUGGCGUACACGCACAUCGGUGCUGCAAAGCACAGGCAAAGUAUUUGCCAAGAAUAUUUUCGCUAUGCUACAGGGCAUUAAGGCACGUGAGGAGGGACGCAAUCGUCCGCAGGCAGCUAAUCCAAUUAAGAUGCCUGAACCGGCGCGCAUCACUAAGCCUCAACCGCAGCUAUCACAAUACAAUCGUUACGAUCAGGAGCGUUUCAAUCGUCAGAAGGAGGAGACUGAAGGCUUUAAAAUCGAUACGUUGGGCACAUAUCACGGCAUGUCGCUCAAAUCCGUGACAGAGGGUUCGCUGGCGCAACGAAAGGCUCAGGCGAAUAUGCCCCAUGGUGCUGGUGCCGCGGCAGCCACACCCACAGCUGUUGCACGCGGGCCCAAGGAUCUGCUGCCCACGGCGCAGGCUCGACAACUGCCAGCGAACGGUCCACAGAAGCGACCCUCGCGUACACCCAUUAUAAUUAUACCUUCUGCCAACACGAGCCUUAUAACAAUGUUAAAUGUUAAGGAUAUACUGCAGGAUUUGCGCUUCAUGUCUACGUCAGAAAAGAAGCUGCAGGGCUGUCAGCGUGAGAGCGAAGUGCUGCUGCAUCGUAAACGUAACAAUCAGACGGUCUCGUAUCGGGUUGUGGACAACCCCAUCAAGCUCAGCCAACAGGAUUGGCAGCGCGUUGUCGCUGUUUUUGUCAUGGGUCCACAGUGGCAAUUCAAGGGCUGGCCCUGGGAUGGCAACCCCGUGGAAAUAUUCUCAAAGAUUUGCGCUUUUCACUUGUGCUUCAGUGAGCUGAAACUGGAUGCGAAUGUGGAGCGCUGGUCGGUGACGCUACUGCGUCUAUCACAAAACAAAAGGCAUUUGGAUCGCGCUGUGCUGAGUAAAUUUUGGGAGACAUUGGACAAAUAUAUGCUUAAGUAUAAGCCCGAUUUGAGAUUUUAAAUAUUGUUGAACGCGCAUCUGUUACCAAAACAAUGAACAGCCACGCAAAGCAGAGUAAUUCAAGACAAAAAACAACAAAUUGAUCUUUAUAUAAACCAAUAUGUUAUUUGUUGUUAAGCAGCUGCUAAAUCUCUUUGUUCGGCAGUUCAUUUUCAUUUUGCGGUUGAUAAUUAUUAAGCUUAAAGAUUGUUCAAAUUGUAUGCUGUAAACUACGAGACCGAGGUAAAAAAUAUGAAAUAUAUGAUUUGUAUAAUUAGUAAUAAA